AUGCUUCAGUGCGGGGAGGAUAUGUACAAGAACCCGGGGCUACCUAAUUCGGUAUAUAGACUUGAAAGGUUGUGCAAAUGCUGGAUUAACCCCGCAAUCCUCGACGGGGAGAAGGAAGAUAUUGCCUGGCCAUUCAUGGAGAUGCUUAUUGAGUUGUUUCUGGUUUUCUUUGGAAAACUUCUUGUUCGCUAUAACCAAACCGGUCUAUCUAGUGGUAAAUACCCAGCGGUAGAAAGACGUAUUUCCACCACGGUGACCCGGGCAUCGGAUGUACCCCAGCUAGAACCAGCAGGGAAUUCUUGCGGGGAACCAUGCACGAUUGCACCUACAUGUAAUAGUCAGUCGGAACUAGAUUUGAUGCCCGAGAGAUCCCUGUCCUCCGGUUUUGGGCCGCAGACCCGUCGCCCUAUGUAUACGAUAUUUUCAUCCAUAUCGAUAUCGGGACAGCAACAUUUCAGCCUUGCUACGGGCUGUUAA